AUGAGAAAGCAGAAUCAUAUGAAUGGUUACUUAAAUGCAUUCUUAGGUGUAUUUGUUGAACAACCUAGGAUGGUUGUGACAGAUCAAGAUGUAUCAAUGAAAAAAGCAGUUGCAACAGUUUUCCCCAAUUCACGACAUAGGCUUUGUAUGUGGCAUAUAACUCAAAAGCUACCAUCAAAAGUUAGCAAGAGAAUUUUUGAAAACACAGACUUCAAAAAGAAAUUCAACCAAAUUGUUUGGGAUGUAUCAAUAAGUCCAGAAAGGUUUGAGAGAAAAUGGAAAGAAAUAAUGGAAGAAUUUAACUUGGAAGAUGAUGCAUGGUUUAAGCACAUGUUUGAGAUAAGAAGCACAUGGAUACCAACAUACUUUAGAGAAUUAGCAAUGUCAGGUCUCAUGAGAACAACUUCUCGUUCUGAAAGCGAGAACUCUUUUUUCAACAACUUCACAAACCCUAAUGCAACGUUGAUACAUUUUAUGUUGUCGUAUGAAUCUGCCAUGGAGAGGCAAGGAAGUAGAUUGGAGAUUUUAGAUCAUCAAUCACACAACAAGCAGCCGCGAUUUAUAACUGGACUGAAUUUUGAAAGGCAGACUUCCAAGUUGUACACACUUAUAAUCUUUCUGUUGGUUCAAGAAGAGAUAAAAAUGUGUCUUUAUAAUUGUUCUCAGAUAAGUGUUACUGAUAAGGGAAGUAAUGAAAUAGUAGAAAAGAAAGUUCCUAUGAAAAAGAAAGGAAAACAAGAUGAGCAUGAAGAGGUUGUUGAAGAUUUAAGAACUGUGCAUGAAGAAGACCCCGAAGAUACAAUUCAGGACUCAACAGCUGCUUUCACAUCUGGAAAUAAAUCUGUGAAAAGGAUGUACACAUUUAAGGUUUUAGUCAACAACGAUGAAGAUAUUAUUCAAUGCAGCUGCUUAACUUUUGAACGUUAUGGAUUCUUAUGUCGUCACAUAUGUAUGUUUAAAACUAAAGACAUUGAAGAAAUUCCUAAAAAAUACAUUCUUAGAAGGUGGAGAAAGGAUUUAGUAUCACCAGGAAUGCGUACAAGAAGAACAAGGUACGGUGAGUCAGGUGAAGAAUGUGAGAAGCUUGGGAAUGAGUUGCAUUUCAUUGUAGAGAAUUGUAUUAGCAUGUUAUCAAAAGAUGAAGGAAAACUUUCGAUUCUUGUUGAGAAAGUUAGGGAACUGAAAAACGAGAUUGAAGAUAAUGUUUCAAGUUCGAAAACAAAGAAAACAAAGGAAGUUAUCUUGGAUUUCUUAGGUGUUGAACAGCCAGAAGCUAGAGAAGUUGAAAAUCCAGCAAUUGUAAGUUAUAAGGGAAGUCAUUCAGAUGCAAGAUUGAAAAGUUCAAAGGAAAUCGCAAUGGAAGAGUAUGCGAAGCCAAAAAGAAAAUGUGCAAAUUGUGGCAUGAUGACAAAUCAUGACAAAAGAAACUGUGAGAAGAAGAAACUAGAAGCAGAAAAAGCUAAGGCGGUUGCAGAAACUCUUCGAAGAUUUAAAAAAUAG